CCAAACCACAGUGAGGUGUAAACAUAACCUCACUUAUCAAUUAUUGUUUAUCAACAAGGAUUUCCGCGGUUUUAUUUUUAGAUAGCACCGUCUUUGGUGCUAUUUAGCACUUCGCUCCUUUUUUGUCCGCCAGUUUGGUGACAGCCGUAUUGAUCGACCCAUUUGUCAAACUGUCGGGACAACAUGUACACCACCGACGCCCCCAGCGAUGACUACGUCGAGGGAGUGGUGUGUAAGGACUCCGACAUCAAGGAGAAUGAAAUGAAGUCUUUCGACUUGGGGGAUGCAGGGAAGGUGCUGCUGGUGCGACAGAAGGGGAAGUUGAGUGCGAUUGGGAACAAGUGCACGCAUUAUGGGGCGCCGCUGUCAGGCGCAGCCCUGGGAGAUGGCCGAGUGCGGUGUCAGUGGCAUGGGGCUUGUUUCAAUAUACUCAAUGGGGACAUCGAGGAUUUUCCAGGUCUGGACUCGCUCCCCUGCUACCAAGUGACCGUCGAAAACGACGAAGUCAAAGUCCGCGCCCGCCGCUCCGAGCUCCAAACCAACAAACGCGUCAAACCCAUGACCAAAAAAGACGUCCGAGAGGCCCAAAACAUAGUCGUCAUCGGCGGCGGCCCCUCCGGAGCCGUCUGCGUGGAAACCCUCCGCCAGGAAGGCUUCUCCGGCCAGAUAACCCUCGUCUGCAAAGAACCCCACCUCCCCUACGACCGCGUCCUAGUAAACAAAGCCAUGCACUCCGAAAUCGAAAAAACCCAAUUUCGCACCGACAAAUUCUACCAAGAGCACGGCAUCGACGUCCUCAAGGGCGUCGAAGCGACAUCCGUCAACGCCACCGAUAAAACCGUCGCGCUAAGCAACGGAAAAUCGUUGUCGUACGACAGGCUGUACGUCGCCACGGGCAUGAGCGCCAACAGACCCGACAUCCCGGGGGCGAAUUUGCAAAACGUGUUCGUUUACAGGAAUUUCGAGGACGGGCGCAACACGCACGCCAUCUUGCGGAACGACCUCAAGGUCGUGGUGCUGGGGGCCAGUUUCAUAGCGCUGGAGGCGGCGGCGUACUGUCUGGAUAAGGACGUGACUGAUGUCACGAUAGUGAUGAGGGGGAACGUGCCUUUUAAGCCGCUAGCGGGGGAGCGCAUUGGGGCCGCUUUUAAAAAGUUCUUCGAGGACAAGGGGGCUCGCUUUAUCACCAAUUCCGGGUUUGCGAGGAUCAUCGACGACGGGACCGGGAAGGUGGGGAAAGUCGAGCUGGUGGAUGGGACGGUUCUGGACGCGGAUAUGGUAGCGAUGGGAGUGGGGAGCAGUUGUUUGACCGAUUUUCUCAAAGGGUCGGGGGUGGAUUUGCGCUCAGAUGGGACAGUUGAAGUUAACGAAUUUUUACAAAGCAACAAUCAAAGCGUUUAUGUGGGGGGCGACAUCGCGUAUGCCCCGGUGUGGUCCCACAAUAACCAAAAGGCGGCGAUCGGGCACUACCCCCUCGCCCACUACCACGGUAAAAUCGCCGCUUUGAAUAUGCUCGGAAAGACGAAACAAUUACAAGCCGUCCCGUACUUCUGGACUAAAUUAUUCUCAAAGAGUUUACGCUAUGCCGGACAUGGCAAAUACACUGAUAUUAUUUAUAUUGGGAACGUGGAACAGCUGAAAUUCGUCGCGUUUUACCUAGAUGGAGACGAAGUAGUUGCUGCUAGUUCCGUAGCAUGGGACCCCGUAGUCUCGCAAUUCGCAGAGAUAUUAGCACAAGGGCAGAAAUUGUAUCGCAAGGACGUCGAAAACGACGACAAGUUUCAGUGGACCAAAAAACUGCAUCAUAGCGAACAAACCGACUGUGAUUAAGUUAAAGCCUCAUAGUAUUUUAUUUUUGGUAUUAACUGUAGAUAUGCAUUUACAAUUAUUUUUAUAAUUACUUUAUCUAUCACAAUAGAAUUGUGUUACCACACUA